AUGAGCUUUCCGAUCGACAUCUCCGUCAUGCCAUUCUACGGCGUGGCGGAGACGGCCUUCAAGUGGCUAUGCUACGGCUUCCUGGCCUACUGCAUCGCCGAUGCCCUCUCAACAUGGCAACUCGUGCACAAGCAGGCCGAGCACCCCCUCGUGGGCAGCCCUCUCGCGCUUGUCCCCAGAUUCCUCCUCAACCUGCUCUACUCAUGGAAAUCGACCGCUCUCGCUAAGGCAGGCUACGACAAGUACCCGUCCUCGCCCUUCCAGCUGAUCCGCAGCGAUGGCCGGGUCGUGGUGCUGCCCAUCACCCUGCUGGACGAGGUCAGCCGCAUCCCGAGCCACAUCGCCGAGUCGACGGCAGCGCUCGAGCGCGACCUGCUCGGCUCCUUCACGGGCGUCGGCCUGAUCCUCGAGAGCCGCCUGCACCACUCCAUCGUCCAGCGCAAGCUGACCCCGCGCCUGGGCCUGCUGCUGCCGCGGAUGGAGGCCGCUGUCACCAGCGCCUUUGACAAAAACUUCCCGCAAAGCGAGGAGUGGACCGAGAUUCAGCCGUACAAGGUGCUCAGCAGUGUGUCUUCACGGUUGAGUGCUGAGGUUAUCGUUGGCCCGUCGUUCUGUGAGAACCCAGAGUGGCUGCACAUCGCGGUGGAAUACACCGAGAGCUUAUUCCGAACAGUCGUAGCCCUCCGCUGCCUCCCCGCCUGGACACACCCCGUCGUCUCCCGCCUCCUCCCGUCCUACUGGACCGGCCAACGGCUCCUCCGCCGCGCGCAACACCUCCUCGGCCCCAAAGUCGGCGACCUCCUCAGCAAAAACAACGCCGGCACCUGGCAACCGCAAGACGACAACCCAGAAGACCUGAACGUUCUCGCCUGGCUGGCGGCCCUCGCCAAAGGCGCCGAGCGCAACGCCAACACGCUCAGCCACGUGCUGGUCCUCGUCGCCCUCGCCAUGGUGCACACCACGCUCUUGCGCAUGGUCAACGUGAUCUACGACGUGACGGCGGCAGGCCCCGCGCUGCGCGACCAGCUGCUGGACGAGAUUGCGGGCGUGGCCAAGCGCGGCUGGCACGAUAAUGGCGACCCCUACGAGGCGCUGGAUAAGUUGGAUAGCGUCCUGCGCGAGUCCCAGCGCAUGUCGCCGCCGACUACGAUGGGUAUGAAGCGCUGGUUUAAGGAGGCGUAUACGUUUCAGGAUGGCACCCAUGUAAAUGCGGGGACCUAUGCGUGCAUGCCGGUGUUUGCGAUUGAGAAUGAUCCGGGAAAGGUGCCGGAGCCGGAGAAGUUUGAUGGGUUGAGGGCUUACCGGGCGGCGCGGGAGACGAGUGAUCCGGAGAAGGCCAAGCUGUUGAGGUUUGCGUCGCCGGCGCCGGAUUUUUUGAAUUUUGGGUAUGGAAAGACGGCGUGUCCCGGCCGGUUUGUGGCCGGGGUGGUGGUCAAGACGGUCAUUGUCAAGGCGCUGACGGACUAUGAGUUCAAGUUCCUGCCGGGCACGGAGAGGCCGGGGAAUCUGAUUGCUCAUGAGUUCCUGUUUACUUGGCCCUGGACCAAGAUGCUGGUCCGCAAGAAGCAGAAGCCGACUUGCCCUUUCUGA